CUGCCUGCCCCGCUCGCUGUCAAUGUACGUUUUGUUGGCUGUGGAAUAAAGUCAUUCCGUAUGACAAUGGUUUCUGUGCCUAAGUACGGAUACAACAGUGGCGACGAGACGAUGGACUGCCUGAGCCCCAGUAGCCGAACAUGAGGCUGAACCACGGCCAAGGACAACGGGCGGCAUUACCAUGACAACUGCAGGGCAACUGAAAGAAUUCAACCCUGCUUCCGCUUCAUUCGAGGUAUACGUCGAACGUUUUGAGUUAUAUGUGGCAGCGAACAGCAUCCCGGAAGACAAGAAGUCUCAACUGUUCCUCACAGCCCUUGGGGAUGAAGCCUACACCACUCUACGUAGUAUUCUUCUGGACAAAGCCCCCAAAGACGCGGUGUACAAGGACAUAGUAACUCAGCUGAAAAAACACUACGCACCAAAGCGUUCAGUAGUUGCUGAGCGGUACCAGUUUCAGAGAAGGAGCCAGAAAGAAAAUGAGUCGAUAGGUGACUUUAUCGUUGCUCUGAAGUCGCUCGCCAUACCCUGCAAUUUCGGCGCCUUCCAAAAAGAGGCUCUUCGGGACCGAUUUAUAGCUGGAGUGAGCAGUGACAGUAUCCGAUGUCGCCUUCUAGCCCUUGAUGACAACGAAGCCACAUUUGAUAAGGUGUGCCAAGUUGCCUUCAGCAUGGAAGCCGCAGAACGGCAAACACGUGAGAUGCACAACGUGCCUGGGACGACGAAAGACUCCGAGGGAGGAGAAAGCGUACUUUGGAAGGACCAAAGACCUUCACAAAGGAAAGAUAUGGCGUCUGUGAUGUCAAGUGCGCUCAAUAUAUGA